AUGAACGGUUUUUCAGACUCACUGUUAUGUUCCAACUGUGGCCACCCUAUUACGCAUUCAAGUGACCUCGUGAACGUGCCUUCAAAGAAAUCGAUACAUUCCCGCAAUGGAACUGCAUUUGGCAGAAAUUCACUUUUAAUACAGACGUUCAAAAAUGCACAUGGAUCAAUUUUUGAUUUGAUAUCAACGUGGGUUGCAGAUGUGUUUAAGCUGGAUGAGGGAUCGACAUCAGACACGUGGUACCCUGGUUAUUUAUGGCACAUUAUAUUUUGUCCAAAAUGUGGAUAUCAUGUAGGAUGCUCAUCUGCUGAACUCGACCGCUGGUCAUGCACCUGCCCUUAUAAUUUUGAUGAUGGCGUUGUAGCUGUACUUCCUGAAGUUUCACUGGCCAACCCAGACGCCUUUGAUGAGGGGCCAAAUCUUGAUUACAGUUUUGACACAGGAAAUACAUAUGUUGAAAGCAACGCUGAUGGUGAUUUUUUUUGA